UUUCAAUUUUUGAUUAAUUGAUUUGAUUAUGAAAUAAUAACUUUAUUUUUGAUGCGCAAUACUAUAAUAUUUACUCACGACAAAAAUAUGUUACAUUAUAAAAAUGAAUAAAUCUAUGUUUCCGAUUAUAUGUUCCAAACCUAUAUGUUUUCAGCCUCGCUGUAUAAACAUAAAAACUUUAAACACUUUAAAGACUAAAACCCAAAAAAAGAUCGAGGAAAGCUACAACGUUUUAGAUAUCCCUCAAAACUCAAGUCAAGAUGUAGUGAAGCAAGCAUUUUUCGAACUUGCAAAAAAAUACCACCCAGAUUCAAAUUCACCUGAUGCAGAUAUUGAAAAGUUUGUUGUAAUUGAAAAUGCUUUUAGAGUUAUUUCAAAGCACAACACUGGGUCUGCAAAAUCUGAUGAAAUAGAAAAAAUGGUCUUUGAUAUCAGACAUACAGCACCACAGCACCGUCAGUAUCUAAGCUUCGAUGGAGUAGGUCAUGGAACACCUUUUCAAAGAGAAAAGCAAUGGACUCAAGUAAGAGCCCAAAGAGCCGCAAACAAUGUCAUGGAGCAUAGAAUAGCUAAAGCAGUAGCAUCCGAAAACACCCUCAUGAAGAAGGGAUCUUCGAAAAAACAUGAUAUUAAAACCAAGUAUGGGUUUGAUAGACUUGUAGAGGAUCUUAUACAAGAGUCAAUGUCUAAAGGGGAGUUUGAGAAUUUAAGUGGAAAAGGGAAACCUUUGAAGGACCAAAAUCGAAAUCCCUAUGUUGACUUUACUACCCAUAAACUGAAUGAGGUUUUAAUAAACAAUGGAAUAACUCCAGAGUGGAUAACAAUGAGCAAGGAAAUAGAGCAAGACAUUGAAGCACUAAGAGAAGAAAUUAAAAAGGACCGAAUGUACUUAGGACCAUAUCCUCUAAAUGAAGCAGACUCUGCAAAGUGGCAAAGAAUAUAUGAAAGUAAUAAAUUAUUAGCAAAGUCUAUUAAUAAUAAAAUAAAUACAUAUAAUCUCAUUGUACCGCUUAUAAAUAAACAAAAGUUUCAUGUUGAGUUUGAUAAAAUUUGCAAUGAUAUACUGGAGAAUGGUACACAUUCGAUCAACAAGGGACAUGUUGAGGAACAAAAGAUGAUGCCAAGUAUAUCGGGACAGGAGAGUGAUGACAUUCUAGGUGUGUUUUUUAAAGCUUUCAGUGAUUUACUUUUUCCUAAAGGAAAUGAAAAAAAGAAGGUUGAUAGUUGAUGGGGAUAAAAAAAAUAUAACCUAUUGAGUUAUUUCAACUUAUUAAAAUGUUAAAGCAGUUUUUUAAUAGAUUUCCCUCCUCUUUAAUUACUAGUUUAAAAUAAAAAAGAAUUAUAAAGACCACUGUGAUAUUAUAGAUAGUCAUGAAUUAGGAAUAGUCUUAUUUAUUUUGGAAAUAAAAAAAUAUUUAGA